AUGAACGGUGACUUCGAAGAUUCAAGAAUUACAACAAAUUGGUUGGAAUUUCUUCCUUAUCAUCCAAUAUUUAAUUCUGAAAAAUUAGGAAAAACCCAAGAUGAUUUUCAAGGGUUGAAAUUUUACGGACAGCCGAGAACAAAACCAUCAUGUAUAACAGCUACAGGAAGCAAACUUCUAAUCGUUGCUAUAGAUUCAGAGAUCAGAAUCUUAAAUUUAAUGGAAUUCAAACUUGCAUGGCGUAAAGCAUAUGAUCUUGAUCAAUUGAACACACUUGAAUUUGAUGAGUAUUUGCCAGAAUGGAUGGCCAAGGUCAAAUACAUCACACUUGACACCCCCUCAAUAAAAUACACCAUCCGUUCGCUUAUUGUCAACUUUAAGGAAAAAGGAACGUUACUUUCAGUGAUUGGUGAUUAUGAAGUUUCCGUGUUAGUCAUACCGAAAACUGUAUUUUCAGAUACAAGCAAUGACAAAAUCACUUGCAAAGCCUACAAUAUCGGGCCAUAUUAUCAUAUUCUAGGACAAAGCCCUAUCGCAAAGGUAUUAUGGCAUCCCAUGAGCGAGUCAGGUUCACACUUAAUGGUUCUUACGGAAGAUAUGCGCUUAAGAAUGUAUAAUGUAAUCGAUGAUGUCAAUGAACCUGAGCAUACCUUUAUUUGUACUAAAUCCGAAACCCCCCCAAAAAAUCAGAGAGCCGUGUCAUUCUGUUUUGGCCAGUCUUCUGAAGCUUGGGGUAAUUUUGUGAUAUAUAUCUUAACAAAUUUGGGAGAGAUUUAUGCUAUGUGUCCGAUCGUACCAAGUAGAUGUGUUUGUGAAAGAUCAUUCCUCGAGAUGCUCUCAAGUUACAUUAAACGUAAACAUGAAUAUGGUCUGGAGAUGGUUGAAAGGACUGAUGGACGUGACUAUUUAGAUAUUUUAGAACAAUAUCGUUUGCAAUUUAAAUGGAUUAAAAGAUUGAUGAAUUUAGAAGGCCACUCUAAAAGAGUUGUUUUUAGUCCACCACCAUUUGACCAUUUACGAGUUGAAGUUCAAGGGCCAUUCAAUAUUCAUCCAGACCCGUUGAGUAUAUCUGAACAUACAUAUGAAGCCAGUGAUAUAUUGAUGUUAGAAACGGAGCCUCUUAUCGUUUUGGUAGUAGCUUUCAAUAAUGGUCGAAUAGACAUUUGUCUUGAGGUCGAAAAGGUUGAAGCUAAGUGGCAAAUUCCAGAUAUCGUACCUGGAGAAUUCACGGCUCAUAAUAUAAUACUUUAUGAAUGUAUCGAUCUUGGCUACAUCAAACAUUAUGUUAUACCAACUUCGGGUUGUAUACCACAACUCACAACGUCAAUAAAUCAUCCAUGUCUCGUACCCGAUCCUUAUUAUCGAGACACAUUUUAUGUAUAUCAUCUGGCGGGUGCACAUGGAAUUAAUGUUAAAGAAUGGCUGGAAGAACUGCGAAAAGUUGUAAACGAUCCAAAGAAUAAGGGUUCUUCUGCAGAACUUAUCUAUGAAUCAUUUUUUUCAAAAAACCUUAAAUCUCAGAUUAAUUGGAUUGUUUGUACUCUUCCAAGUGAUCCGGAUCCUUUAAUUGGACUCACAAUAAUGGAAGACAUACAAUUGUGUCAUGCUGCAUUUAUGCUUUCAUCUACAUACGGUUUCGUUUACCAUGAAUUAUCGGCUCGUAAAUCCUCCAAUAAUAUUCUUUUUAACGAGGAAUUAAGUCCUAUGAUGACUUCUGACUUACCAAAGGUUAAUCCAAUGCCAGAUAUUUUGACUAAAUUUUUAAAUAAUCAAGGUCUCUCACGUCAACCAAUAAUGGUAUCAUCACAUAGUCAACAAAAUAAUCAAGGAAAAUCGUCUUAUGAAAUUGACAUAGAAUUUCUUCAUACUGUAAUGGGAAAUAUUCAAAAAGAUGUUUAUGAACUUAAGGAAGCUGCGAUGGCUCUUCAAAAGAGGUUUAUUUUUCAAACUAAAGAAUUUCACCGCCAAGUUGCUGAAAUAGCCAAUUUACGUAGAAUUAUCGAAAGUUAUUCUGAAGAUAAAGUACCACAAUUGAAUGAGCGGUUGAAUACUUUGAGAAAUAAACAAAAGUAUCUUGAUAGUAAAGCUGAUAGAUUUAUUCAAAGGAUAAUGAAUAAAGGAGAUCUGACUUUAAGUGAAUUUGAGAAACAAUACUAUGAUUCUUUGGAAAAAAUAGCAAAAGAAAUUAAGGGCGAAAAUGGUCUAAAGAACAAAAUAAUGAUGCUUCAAAAUCGUCACAAGCUUUUGCAAAGUGAUUAUAAACUCUUACAACCCGAACCAGAAAAAGAUCAAAUGGGACAACCUAUAGUUCUCAGUGGAAAUCAAUUAAGCAAAGUUGAAAAUGCAUUGGAUAAAGAGAUGGAACUUAUUAAUAAAAAUAAACAAUUGAUUGAAGAAGUUCAAGAAAAGUUAAAACUUAUUAAAAUAAAAAAAUGA